AUGUUUGCAAAGCUGACCGCCUUGGUGAGCAGCAGUCCUUCAUUCCCAUACAACCUUGGAAAGGCGUAUGGAGUUGCUUGGGGUGCCUCCUGGACUCACUACGAGGGAACCACGAGGGAGGAUGGUAGUGCUGUAUCAAUUUUCAAGGUGUCCUCAACAAAUGCAAAUGACCGCACCCUACAGGCUGCUCGAAACGGGGUCAAACGGUUGAAGAUGGUUCGCCACCCAAAUGUCCUUGCACUGAGGGAUACAUUAGAAGUCGAAGAAAAGGGCUGCACGUCAAUCUACAUCAUCACUGAGCCAGUGACUCCUCUGAUAGAUGUUCUGGAGGAGCUUGAUGUGGCAGGGCCUGCCAGGUGCGAAUUUGUGGCGAUGGGCUUGUUCCACAUUGCAAAAGCUGUGGGCUUUCUCAAUAAUGACUGCAAAUUGAUUCAUGGGAAUGUCUGCAUGCGGGCCGUUGUUGUCACACCAUCAUUGGAUUGGCGCCUGCACGGAUUUGAUAUGUUGAGCGAGCACCAGCCAGCGACGAGCAUUGACUGGCCGCUCAUGCACGCCUCUUGGAUGGUUGGAGCACAGUACAAACCGGCUGAGUUGGGCAAGGCGGACUGGCAAGCCGUGCAGCAAGCACCCCCGUGGGCGGUGGACGCUUGGGGCUUGGGAUGCCUGAUGCAGGAGGUCUACAGCGGCCAGAUGUUGACUCGGACUGAGGACCUCCGAAACGUGGCCUCCAUUUCGAAAGGGCUCCUACCGGACUACCAGCGCCUUCUGGCAUCUCAGCCCACGCGCAGGCUGAACACUGCUAAGCUGGCCGAGUCCUCAGCUCUAAGAACAAAAUUGGUGGACACCAUCUCUUUCAUGGAGUCGCUUGCUGUGAAGGACUCCAACGAGAAAGACUCAUUCUUCAAGCGUCUGCCAACGGUCUUACCGACGUUGCCACUGCCGGUGGUGCAGAGGAAGGUGCUGCCAAUGCUAGCAGGCGCUCUUGAGUUUGGGGGUGCACCAGCUGUAGCGCUCGGUGCUCUGCUGCAGAUUGGCAAGACACUGUCUGAGGAUCAGUUUGCUGCGCAAGUUGUGCCUGCACUGUCCAAGCUGUUUGCUUCAAAUGACAGAACCAUCCGGCGCAGCCUGUUGGAAUCCAUUGAUUCCUAUGGCAGUCAUUUCACACAGGCUGUAGUGGAAGCACGGGUGUACCCUCAUGUGGCCACAGGAUUUACCGACAGCAAUGCGUACUUGAGGGAGCUCACUCUGAAGAGCAUGUUGGUUCUGGCGCCCAAGCUGUCCCAGAAGACCAUUGCCCAGUCCCUGCUCAAAUUCCUUGCAAAGCUCCAGGUUGAUGAGGAGCCAGGCAUCCGUGCAAAUACAACCAUCUUGCUGGGCAACCUUGCAUCACACUUGAGCGAAGCUGCCUGCAAGCGGGUCCUUCUCAAUGCCUUCACAAGGGCCCUAAAAGACACCUUUCCGCCAGCACGGAUCGCCGGUGUCAGGGCAAUGCUGGCAACUGCAUCGCGGCACUCGCCUGAGGAGAUUGCCUUGCGAGCUAUUCCAGCUCUUGGCCCUCUGUCUGUGGACCCUAUCGCUGAGGUGCGA